AUGAAAGGUAUUCCUAGCGGCAGCAGUACACUAACGAAAGGUAUUCCUAGCAGCGGCAGUACACUAACGAAAGGUAUUCCUAGCGGCAGCAGUACACUAACGAAAGGUAUUCCUAGCAGCAGCAGUACACUAACGAAAGAUAUCCCUAGCGGCAGUAUUACACUAACGAAAGGUAUUCCUAGUAGCAUCAGUACACUAACGAAAGGUAUUCCUAGUAGCAGCAGUACACUAACGAAAGGUAUUCCUAGUAGCAGCAGUACACUAACGAAAGGUAUUCCUAGCAGCAGCAGUACACUAACGAAAGGUAUUCCUAGUAGCAGCAGUACACUAACGAAAGGUAUUCCUAGCAGCAGCAGUACACUAAUGAAAGGUAUUCCUAGUAGCAGCAGUACACUAACGAAAGGUAUUCCUAGUAGCAGCAGUACACUAACGAAAGGUAUCCCUAGUAGCAGGAGUAUUCUAACGAAAGGUAUCCCUAGUAGCAGCAGUACACUAACGAAAGGUAUUCCUAGUAGCAGUAUUACACUAACGAAAGGUAUCCCUAGUAGCAGCAGUACACUAACGAAAGGUAUUCCUAGUAGCAGCAGUACACUAACGAAAGGUAUUCCUAGUAGCAGCAGUACACUAACGAAAGGUAUUCCUAGUAGCAGCAGUACACAAACGAAAGGUAUUCCUAGUAGCAGCAGUACACUAACGAAAGGUAUUCCAAGUAGCAGGAGUACACAAACGAAAGGUAUUCCUAGGUGCAGUAUUACACUAACGAAAGGCAUUCCUAGUAGCAGCAGUACACUAACGAAAGGUAUUCCUAGUAGCAGCAGUACACUAACGAAAGGUAUUCCUAGUAACAGGAGUACACUAACGAAAGGUAUUCCUAGUAGCAGCAGUACACUAACGAAAGGUAUACCUAGUAGCAGCAGUACACUAAUGAAAGGUAUUCCUAGUAGCAGCAGUACACUAACGAAAGGUAGUCCUAGUAGCAGCAGUACACUAACGAAAGGUAUUCCUAGUAGCAUGAGUACACUAACGAAAGGUAUUCCUAGUAGCAGGCGUACACUAACGAAAGGUAUUCCUAGUAGCAGUAUUACACUAACGAAAGGUAUUCCUAGUAGCAUGAGUACACUAACGAAAGGUAUUCCUAGUAGCAGGCGUACACUAACGAAAGGUAUCCCUAGUAGCAGUAUUACACUAACGAAAGGUAUUCCUAGCAGCAGGAGUACACUAACGAAAGGUAUUCCUAGUAGCAGCAGUACACUAACGAAAGGUAUUCCUAGUAGCAGCAGUACACUAACGAAAGGUAUUCCUAGUAGCAGCAGUAUACGAUAA